UCCAAAUAAAGGGACAACUUCCUGUUAUUUUUUUUCGUGUUUAUUUUUAAUUGAUAAUCAAAAAUCCCAGGUCUUUAUUCGAAAUGGCUGAAGGGAAUUUUGAAGACUUAUCUCAGUAUGUUUCUGAUCUUUCUGAAAAAGUUCAUCAAAUUAUUCAAGAAGACGAUGGUUCUUCAGUUAGACUAAAGGGCUUAUUCAAAACAGCUGAAGGGAAUUUUGAAGAUUUAUCUCAGGAUGUUUCUGAACUUUCUGAAAAAGUCCAUAAAAUUAUUCAAGAAGACAAUGGUCCUUCAGUUAGACUAAAAGGCUUAAUGAAAAAGUUGAAUAAAGAUAUACGUAAAAAAGUUGUAAGCUACAGUGACGAUCAUGUAAGUAACCCACCGUUAUUUGUCGCCUGCUGGUUAGGAAAGGUUGGUUUCGUUGAAUAUCUGAUAGACGAGUGUUGUGCUGAUAUCGAACAGAAGGGGAUAUAUGAAGUAGAAGAGGAUCAAUCAAAGCAUAAUGUCACUCCAUUAUGGUGUGCAGCUGUUUCAGAUAGAUUGGAUGUGGUCAAAUCUUUAACAGAAAGAAAAGCUGAUGUGAACAGUCCGUCCGAUACCAAAUCAACUCCAGUUAGAUCUGCUUGUUACAUGACGAAUAUAGACUGUAUCAAAUAUUUGGUCGAACACGGAGCUGAUAUACACCAGCCUAAUAUUAAUGGUGGAACAUGUCUUAUAAAUGCAGUGCAAAGUUCCGAGCUGUGUAAAUAUUUAAUCGAAAAAGGAGCAGAUGUGAAUGACCAUGAUAGUUCUGGAAAUUUAGCUCUCCAUUACGCUGUGCGAGAAGGUCGACUUGAAACCGUUAAACUCCUUGUUGGAUAUGACACAAAGCUUCUUGCAGUCAAUGAUUUUGGUGAUGACGCUUUACAAACUGCAGCCCUCCGUGGUCAUAUAGAUAUAAUGCAGUAUUUGCUACCAUUUUAUGUCGAUUUUGAAAAAAGGAUCCACGCUUUCGAAUUAUUGGGAGCUAAUCUUAUAGAUGAUAAACACGAUAUUGUAGGUGGCAUCAAAAUGUGGAAAAAAGCCAUGCAAUUAAGAUUUGCUGACCCAAACAAUACCGUUUUUAAGAAGGUUUGUGAUAAGCCGAAUCCAGCAUAUGGCAAUGUUUUGGAAGCAAAAGAUCUUCAAGAACUAGAAACAAUAGUUUAUGAUCCUGAGUCUAUUUACAUGCAAUCUUUGUUAAUACGGGAGCGGAUUCUAGGUUCCUCACACAAAGAUACAACAUAUGGCUUGAUGUAUCGUGGAGCCGUCUACGCGGAUACACAGAAUUAUCAGAAAUGUGUAGAUUUGUGGAAAUAUGCUCUUCAGUUGAGAGGGGGGAAAGAUAUUCACAGUCACGAGUGCUUAUUAACGCUUCAAGCUUUAGCCAAAUUAUUCUGGGAAAUGGAUUCGGAGGUACAGGCUAAUCCAAGAAUUAAUGGCAUUCAUUUUGAUGACGCUGUUCAAGUAUUUGCCAUUUUGGUUCAUUAUAUUAAAACAACAGAAGAACCUACAACAGGCAGUAGAAGAUAUCUCCACUUAAACCAUGAACAAGAGCCCCUGAUAUUGAUGAAACUUUCAUUACAGUUAAUCAACCUACUUCAGAAACAAAAACCCACAGGGGAUAAUUUGUCCAGAUUUGUCCAACUGGUUCAUGAAUUGAUCAACAUGAACUUAAGGGAUUGUCACCAAAAAACACUUCUUCAUUUAGCACUACACAAAUCCACCUCAACAAUCUGUGGGGAGCCAUAUUCAGAAAUGCCCACUUUAGAAACGGUCAAAGUUCUGCUUGCUUGUGGUGCUGACCCUGAAGCUUUAGAUGUCGAGAAAAAUACUGUUCUUAUUGAUUGCGUAAAUUAUUGCCCUAUCGAGCUAGACAAAAAUGGCAAAGACAUUUUAAACUGUUUAUUACGGAGUGGAUCACAUCUAGAUUCCUGCAAUGAACAUGGUGAAAAUGCUUUAGAUGUAUUACACAGAAAGCAUUUCCCCAUCUUUUCUUUAAAUUUUAUAAAUCUUAAAUGUCUAGCAUCGCGGGUCAUCGUAAAAAAGAAGCUAAAUUUUGUGAACCAGGUACCAAACUCUCUAACAAACUUUAUAUUAAAACAUGGAUAGGCUUGUGAAAGCUUUGUUUUUAUUACGUUGUUUUAGUUUCAGAUAUUUAACAAAUAGUAGUCGACAUAAUUAAAACAUGUUUUUAAGGGCAAAAAAAUGGUUUUUAUAUGCCCACAUUUUCAUGUGGAUGUAUUAUGCCGUCGCCCCUGUCGGUCCGUUCGUCCACAAUUUGUUUGUGGACACUCUACAGGUCACAAUUUUUAUCCGACUUUGACGAAACUUGAAAUAUAGGUCUAAAUUGUAUCUCCCAAAUAUCUUGGUUCCUUUCAAUAUUGGCAUGUAUCAGAUCAUAACUUCAUGGAUUUUGGCCCCAGAUUGUACAAAAAAUCACGUGUUUAGCUUGUGGAUACUCUAGAGGUCACAAUUGUGGAUGAAACUUGAUAUGCAUGGUUAUAACCCAAAGAUUUUGGUUCCUCUUUAUAUUCGCGCAUAUUGUAACGUCCUGAAUUAUGGCCUUUGAUAGUACGAAAAAUCAUGUUUUUUUAGAUUGUGGUCGCUCCAGAUGUCACUGUUUUUAUCCGAUUUAUAAAAAAACAUUUGAAUAUAUCACCAUUACACCCUAAUGAUGGUUGAGUUCGAAUUUCGUGAAAAUCCAACCAAACAUCGUGGUUUUUUUAGCUUGUGGUCCCUCCAGAGGUCACAAUUUUUAUCCGAUUUAUAAAAACAUUUGAAUAUAUCACCAUUACACCCUAAUGAUGGUUGAGUUCGAAUUUCGUAAAAAUCAGAACAAAACUGCCGGACAAAAUGGCCGCCCCACGUAUGCAAAUAGUGUAAAAAUAUGGUAUAUGCAGGUUGUGGACCCUCUAGAGGUCACAAUUUUUACUUGACUUUAAUGAAACUUAAAAACACAACACAGUUUAUAUGGAAAUACAAUCACUGGUUUAUAAGUAUAGCACGACGUUUCGACAAGUAUUCUCUUAUCGUUAUCAAGCACAAAUGAUAUUUAGUUAAACUAAAAGGUGAUAUUUAUAGUAAAACAAAAAAGAAGCCAUAGAUAAAUGCUGUUAUAAUACAAGAUGAUGGUUAUAUUGAUCAAAGGAUAAUUAAAACUUAAAUAAUAGUUAAUAGAUGGGGGUUAACAAUAAUCAGGGAGCAACAAAGACAUAAAUUUAAUAUAGACAAAAUAAACACAACUGAGGCCCUAUUAAGUGUUUAAUAAUGUAUAAAUUGAUCAAAGGAUAAUUAAAACUUAAAUAAUAGUUAAUUGAUAGGGGUUAACAAAAUCAGGGUUUAACAAUAAUCAGGGAUCAACAAAGCCAUAAAUUUAAUAUAGACAAAAUAAACACAAUUUGAAGCCCUAUUAAUAAGAAAUGUAUAAUAAUGGAUGUAUACAGUAUAACCCCUUAAUUUGGUAAUUACAAAAUGUGAGCUAUAUAACAGAUAUUAUACUUGAAAUACAUGUUUAUAACCCAAAGAUCUUGGUUCCUUUUGAUAUUCACGCGCACAUCGGAUUGUCACGUCCUGAAUUAUGACCCUUGAUUGUACGAAAAAAAUCAUGUUUUUUAGCUUGUAGUCCCUCUAUAAAAAAACGUUUGAAUAUAUCACCAUUACACCCUAAUGAUGGUUGAGUUCGAAUUUCAUGAAAAUCGGACCAAAACUUCCGGACAAAAUGGUCGCCCCUCGUACGUAAAUGGUGUAAAAAUAUGGUAUAUCAAUGUUGUGGACCCUCUAGAGGCCACAAUUUGAUCUGAUUUUGAUGAAACUAGAAAUGUGUGUUUAUAAUCCAAAGAUCUUGGCUCCUUUCGAUACGCAUAUCAGACUUUAAUUUCCUGAAUUAUGGCCCAUUAAUUGUACCAAAAAUAAUCGUGUUUUUAGCUUGUGGAUUCUCUAGAGGUCACAAUUUUUACCUGACUUUAAAAACUGUGGAACUAUAUCACCAUUCCACCAUAAUGAAGGUUGAAUUCAAAACUAAACUGCCUGACAAAAUGGCCGCUCUUGUACGCAAAUUGUGUAAAAGUAUGUAAUACGAAGGUUGUGAACCCUCUAGAGAUCACAAUUGAUGAAACCUAAAAUAUAUCUUUAUAUCUCAAAGAUUCGGUCCCUUUCGAUAUUUGAGCAGUUCAGACCACACCUUUCUGGAUUAUGGCCCCUGAUUGUACGAAAAAACGCCUUUGUUUUUUGCUUGUUUUCUGUCCAUCUCUUGCAAAAUGUGGGCGUAUCUUGGCUUGCAACUGCUGCAAUCUGAAACAUUGUUGCGUUAUAUUUCCAUUACAUUUCACAAGACUUGGGGGGUUUUUUUGAUAUGAUUCAUUGUUUUUGAUUUCCUUUUAUAGACAAUAUAUCUUUUGUUUUUUGAAUGAUCAUUCAAAGAAAAUGUUAAGGGUAAGAUUUUAUCGGACUAACUAAUAUUUUUUAGAAUGGUAACUUAUGGCCUGUAAGUGGAAUAAACUAGCUAAAGAGAUGACAUCUCCAGGCAGGAGAUUUUAAAGUCAUUUACUUUUCUUUUUGAUAUUGUUUUUGUUAUUGAUUGUAUUAAUUUUAAUAUCAAAUUUGAUAACUUUCACUCUGUUAUAUUCACAAAUGUCCAUAACAAAACGAGGUUGUCUCCCUUUAACCUGUGAAAUAAGGUUACCUGAAAGACCAAUCUUACACCUGCCAUAUCUUGGGCUUUUAUUAAAUUAAAAUUAUUAUUUAACCUAUCAAUACAAGCAAUACCUGCAUUUACUGAACAUUUUAUAUUUGGACACUUUUAAAAGAUAUGCUAUCUUGUAUGCCAAAAGGUGAAUCGUCGAGUAUUAAACUGGCUUUUAAACAAGUCGUCCCGUUCCAUUCUGGCUUUGGCUUUGAAAAUUAGAUGAAAAAGAACAAAACUUCAACUCUGACCACCAUAGAGGACAGUUCCUUUAAGACAGCCUCCGAUCAGAGACAAUUCCUAAUGUAACUACCACAGAGGUUGCUCUUCUGCGCGUUGGUUUUGAAUCCCCGGUUGUACGUGACAAGGAGUAGGGUGGGUUUUCUCUGGGUCCUCUGGUUUCCUCCCACUGCUAAAGACCCCUACGCGCAAGCGAAUUAUUAAAAUAAAUUAAACCAUAUGUGUCGAGUGGACGUUAAACCCCAUUUCUCUCUCUCUUCUGCGCGUCCUCCUUCUCACUUCUAUCAGACAGAAUCGAAUGUUUUAGCCAGAGAUUUUUGUUGCCAUAAUUUCUUCAAAGAUACAGCAUCGAUACAUAAUAAUAUUGAAUAAAUUGGUUAUGUUAUUUAAAUUGUUAUGUACAUAUAUUAUUAAAGUGUUUUGUGUCCA